ACUGAUGCUUUUUUCUCUGUUUUAUUACUAAAGCACACUCUCUCAGCUGUUAUGAGUGCAUGAAUCUGACGGGUUCUUGUGCGGGACAAACAGUAAAAACAUGUCCCAGUGGAUCUACUCAGUGCUUGAGUUUAACAACAGUUACACAAAUUGGUGACAUUAGUUCAAAAAUGAAGAUUAAAGGUUGUGUUCCUAUUUGUCAAAGUGGGUUCAUGAACUUAGGCACUUCAAAGACAACUUAUUCUUGCUGUACCACAGACGAGUGUAACGUCCAAGAUGCUCCAGAUCCUCCCAGCACUACUGUCCCCAAUGGAAAGAAAUGUUUUUAUUGUGAUGAUCAGAGCUGCUCAAACACUGUGAGCUGUUCAGGGACUGAAGACCACUGCAUUACAUCUACAGCGGAUAUUGAUGGCCAGACAUUUUUUACAAAAGGCUGCAUUUCUAAAUCUGUCUGUGAUGCUGUAGCAGAAGCAGCUGAUAGUCUUAAUCUUGGGAGCGUCUCAUGUUGUGAGGGGAACCUGUGUAACGGUGAUCAGAAUGUCACCCAGAGCUCCACAUAUAACCGUGAUCAGAAUGUCACCCAGAGAUCCACAUAUAACAGUGAUCAGAAUGUCACCCAGAGAUCCACAUAUAACAGUGAUCAGAAUGUCACCCAGAGAUCCACAUAUAACAGUGAUCAGAAUGUCACCCAGAGAUCCACAUAUAACAGUGAUCAGAAUGUCACCCAGAGAUCCACAUAUAACAGUGAUCAGAAUGUCACCCAGAGCUCCACAUAUAACAGUGAUCAGAAUGUCACCCAGAGAUCCACAUAUAACAGUGAUCAGAAUGUCACCCAGAGAUCCACAUAUAACCGUGAUCAGAAUGUCACCCAGAGAUCCACAUAUAACAGUGAUCAGAAUGUCACCCAGAGCUCCACAUAUAACAGUGAUCAGAAUGUCACCAGAGAUCCACAUAUAACAAGCUCCACAUAUAACAGUGAUCAGAAUGUCACCCAGAGCUCCACAUAUAACAGUGAUCAGAAUGUCACCCAGAGCUCCACAUAUAACAGUGAUCAGAAUGUCACCCAGAGAUCCACAUAUAACAGUGAUCAGAAUGUCACCCAGAGAUCCACAUAUAACAGUGAUCAGAAUGUCACCCAGAGAUCCACAUAUAACAGUGAUCAGAGUGUCACCCAGAGCUCCACAUAUAACAGUGAUCAGAAUGUCACCCAGAGCUCCACAUAUAACAGUGAUCAGAAUGUCACCCAGAGAUCCACAUAUAACAGUGAUCAGAAUGUCACCCAGAGCUCCACAUAUAACAGUGAUCAGAAUGUCACCCAGAGAUCCACAUAUAACAGUGAUCAGAGUGUCACCCAGAGCUCCACAUAUAACAGUGAUCAGAAUGUCACCCAGAGCUCCACAUAUAACAGUGAUCAGAAUGUCACCCAGAGCUCCACAUAUAACAGUGAUCAGAAUGUCACCCAGAGCUCUACAUAUAACGGUGCUCAGAGUGUCUCUCAGAGCUUCCUGUUCCUCUGCUGUUCUCUGCUCUCCUACUUCCUGCUGCACUGA